GCCGGGGCCGAGGCGGGGCCGGCGGAGGAGUCGUCGGACAGCGAGGGCGAGCCCGAGGGCGCGCAGAAGCUCAUCCGCAAGGUGUCCACCUCGGGCCAGCUGCGCAGCAAGACCAGUAUAAAGGAAGGAUUACUUCUGAAGCAAACCAGCUCUUUCCAGAGGUGGAAAAAGCGUUACUUUAAACUUCGGGGCCGUACUCUUUACUAUGCCAAGGAUUCGAAGUCCUUAAUAUUUGAUGAAGUCGACCUGUCGGAUGCCAGUGUUGCUGAAUCGAGCACGAAAAACGUCAACAACAGCUUCACGGUAAUCACACCAUUCAGGAGGUUAAUAUUGUGUGCAGAGAACAGAAAAGAGAUGGAGGAUUGGAUCAGCUCACUGAAAUCUGUUCAGUCCCGGGAACAUUACGAGACUGCACAGUUUAAUGUGGAGCAUUUCUCAGGGAUGCAUAACUGGUACGCUUGCUCCCACGCCCGACCCACCUUCUGCAACGUCUGCAGGGAAAGUCUCUCUGGAGUUACUUCCCACGGCCUCUCCUGUGAAGUGUGCAAGUUUAAGGCUCACAAAAGAUGCGCCGUUAGGGCCAUAAACAAUUGCAAAUGGACCACGCUGACGUCGAUCGGAAAGGAUAUUAUUGAGGAUGAAGAUGGUGUCGCGAUGCCUCACCAGUGGCUGGAGGGGAACCUGCCGGUCAGCGCCAGAUGUGCAGUUUGCGACAAGACGUGCGGUAGCGUUUUGCGCCUGCAGGAUUGGAAGUGCCUUUGGUGUAAAACUAUGGUGCACACGGCCUGCAGAGAUUUGUAUUCGCGCAAGUGUCCGCUUGGCCAAUGUAAAGUAUCCAUAAUUCCACCCACGGCGCUGAACAGCAUUGAUUCUGAUGGAUUCUGGAAAGCAACCUGCCCACCGACCUGCGCCAGUCCUCUCUUGGUUUUCGUGAAUUCGAAGAGUGGCGACAAUCAGGGAGUAAAGUUUCUUCGCCGGUUUAAGCAGUCGCUAAAUCCCGCUCAGGUGUUCGAUUUAAUGAAUGGAGGCCCUCAUUUAGGUUUACGCUUAUUUCAGAAAUUCGACAAUUUUCGAAUCUUAGUGUGCGGAGGAGAUGGAAGCGUUGGCUGGGUGCUCUCUGAAAUUGAUAAGCUCAACUUACACAAACAAUGUCAUCUGGGAGUUCUCCCGCUUGGUACAGGGAACGACCUUGCCAGAGUCCUCGGCUGGGGAGGGUCAUGUGAUGAUGACACGCAGCUUCCCCAGAUUUUGGAAAAGUUAGAACGGGCGAGCACUAAAAUGUUAGACAGGUGGAGCAUAAUGUCGUAUGAAUUGAGAUUACCACCAAAGCCGUCAAUUCUUUCUGUUACACCUGAAGAAGAAUCUGAAGAAUGUCAGAUGUCUGCGUACGAAGAUUCGGUGGCUGCUCACCUGGCCAAGAUCCUAGAUUCUGAUCAGCACUCUGUUGUCAUAUCAUCUGCCAAGAUCUUAUGUGAAACCGUCAAAGGUUUUGUUGCCAAAAUAGGGAAGACCAGUGAAAGACCAGUGGAAAACGCCGAUGCCGACACAAUGGCCAUUAAAUGCUCCGAGCUAAAUGAGAAGCUCAACCUGCUCCUUCAGGCCCUCCAUGCUGAAGCACAGGUCUCCCCUCCGUCGCCGAGGGUCACUCCUCCCAUGGUAGAAGAAGAAGAAGGCGAAGAAACAUCGAGCGAAGAGUCUUUGUCUGGCGUCAAGGAACUGCCGAUGGAGAACAAUGCAGCACCCGCUCCGCACCAGAUCUUCAAGCCCCGAGAGCAGCUGAUGCUCCGAGCAAACAGCUUGAAGAAAGCUCUGAGGCAAAUAAUUGAGCAAGCUGAAAAGGUUGUGGAUGAACAGAACGCUCACACGGAAGAGCAACUAAAGCGGUCAACAUUGGAAUAUAGUAAGGAACUGGAUGAGUCCAAAGAAGAAGAAAAAGAUGAAGACACAAAGGAAUCGGAAUCCCAUCCAAUUAAAACUGCCCCUAAAUCGCCAGACGGACUGAGAAGUCACAUUCCUUCUCAUGCAGGUUCUUUUUCAGCCCAGGCCUGCACCGCCAGCAAGGAGAAUCUCCCAGUGCUGAACACAAGGAUAAUCUGUCCAGGCUUAAGAGCGGGCCUUGCCGCCUCUAUCGCGGGGAGCUCUGUCAUCAGCAAAAUGCUACUGGCCAACAUCGAUCCAUUCGGCGCGACUCCCUUCAUCGAUCCCGAUCCAGAAUCACUGGAAGGCUAUUCAGAGAAGUGUGUCAUGAAUAAUUAUUUUGGAAUUGGAUUAGAUGCAAAAAUUUCAUUGGAAUUUAACAAUAAGCGAGAAGAGCACCCUGAAAAAUGCAGAAGCAGAACGAAGAACAUGAUGUGGUACGGAGUCCUUGGCACCAAGGAAUUACUGCAGCGGACGUACAAAAACCUCGAACAAAAAGUUCAGCUUGAGUGUGACGGACAAUAUAUCCCUCUUCCGAGUCUUCAAGGCAUCGCUGUUCUGAAUAUUCCAAGCUAUGCUGGCGGCACCAAUUUCUGGGGUGGAACCAAGGAGGAUGAUAUAUUCGGGGCACCGUCAUUUGAUGAUAAAAUCUUGGAGGUUGUUGCCGUGUUUGGCAGCAUGCAGAUGGCUGUUUCUCGGGUUAUCAAACUGCAGCAUCAUCGGAUAGCUCAGUGCCGGUCAGUAAAGAUCACCAUACUUGGAGAAGAGGGAGUCCCGGUGCAAGUCGAUGGAGAAGCAUGGAUCCAGCCUCCAGGAAUUAUUAAAAUUGUGCACAAAAACAGGGCGCAGAUGCUAACACGAGACAGGGCCUUUGAGAAUACCUUGAAGUCCUGGGAAGACAAGCAAAAGUGCGACUCCUACAAACCAGUGCUGAGGUCGCCUUUGUGCCCUCAGCAGGCUGUGGAACUGGCCAUGGAGGAGGAGGCUUUGCAGGUCCAGUUGUGUUGUCAUGCAGCCGAGGAACUGAUCACCAGGAUCUGUGACACGGCAAAGACACACCGCCUGCUGGAGCAGGAACUGGCGCAUGCAGUGAACGCGUGUUCUCAUGCACUAAACAAAGCCAGCCCGAGAUUUCCCGAGAACCUGACAAGAAACACGGCCCUUGAGGUUGCUGUCAACGUGAAGGCGCUGCAUGAUGAAACGGCAUCCUUGCUUGUAGGAAGGGUCCCUUUGCAGCUGGAUUCUGCCCAGGAUGAAAUGCUUUCAACAGCUGUGCACAGUUUGGAAACUGAAUUAAGAAAGCUUGCUGAAAUUCCUUGGCUCUUUUAUGUUCUACAACUAAAUGAUGAUGAGGACCCUCCCUUGGAAUAUACGAAGAGAAACAACAGAAGCACGGUAUUUCGCAUAGUGCCAAAGUUUAAAAAGGAGAAGGUUCAGAAGCAAAAGACAAGCUCUCCACCUGUUCAAAAGUGGGGCACAGAUGAAGUUGCUGCGUGGCUGGACCUACUCAGUUUGGGAGAGUACAAGGAAGCCUUCGUCAGCCAUGACAUCCGAGGCUCUGAGCUUUUGCACCUGGAAAGGCGAGAUCUGAAGGACCUGGGGAUAGCGAAGGUGGGGCAUGUGAAGCGAAUUCUCCAGGGAAUUAAAGACCUUGGCAUGAGCACACCUUUGCCCGAAGUAUAGUUCUGUUGCAACCUUGUCAAGGGGGAUAUCCGGCUUAUGCAAAGCUGUGGAGCGGUGUGUGGCGCGUCCUCCAUGGCCGAGUACGUGAGGCGCAUGAUCUUGUGUUUGGGGUGUUGCUGUGAGAAGCCUGAAUGGUUUUGUGAACCUCCAGAUGCUGUGAAGUAUAUCGUGAUGUCCACGCUUGGGUGAAAUGUUGCCUAGAAAGUUUAUGCAUUACCUGAAAAGGGUAAUCAGCCCAUGAUGUCUUUCUAUACAUACAUGGGUUUUUCUCAGCACAGUAGCAAGUAACUUUAUGACUUGAGAUGUAAGUAACUAUGUGAAAUGAAAACAUUGGGUUUGAAAAAUUCCUGAGGCAUGAGCUUACCUGGAAUCUGAGGGAGUGACCACAAAUGGAUUUUUAGGUGAAACUGAUACCUCAUCUCUCUCUCUCUCUCUCUCUCUCUCUCUCUCUCUCUCUCUCUCUCUCUGGCCAAGAAAUCUUCCAAGAAAGCCAUACUUAUGCAUGAUUUGCCUGUCCAAACUGAUGUUGUUUUCUUUGCAUGACACAGCUGAUAAUUUACACCUUUGAACAACUUUUAUAUCUGUUUUAAGGAGAUUUAAUUUAUUACUUCUCGUAUUAGUGAGGACUUUUUCUGCUGUUACAUGUUAUCCAAAUCACAUCAUGUGCUCUGGACAUCUCUGCUCUGCUCUUGCAAGGGAUGGAUGCAGAAAGUUUCUGUGCUCUGGCUAAGUCACUUCAAAGUAUUUCUGAAAUGCUGGUACCUCACAAAAUUAUGAGUUGACUCUCAAGAGGCAGAAUUAUCGGAACAUCUCCGAAAUAAUUAUCUGAAUGAAAUAUGCAGUGUUUACAUCUUUGAGCCUGUCACGCAACUGCUAGUUUACCUUGAAUGCAGAACCUCAAAGCAGGUCAGGCUUGUGGCUGAUAGAAGAAGGUGUGCAGUGAACAAAAGCUAAAAUUACUUCAUCUUGAAGUCAACACUAGGACCAAUUUUGGGAAUACCAAGCUUUGAUUAUGAAUUUUUAUGAGAUCAGCACAAAUUGCAAAUGAGAUGUAUUUAGUGUAUCACCACAAGGUAUGCCUUUUUUGUAUCCAUUUCAGUACACAAAUGUAUUUAUUAUCUUUUUAAGAAAUAUGCAAUGCCUGCAAUAUGGGUAAAGUUUGUUUUUUAUCAGUGCGGUUGUUGUUUUGAUCUAGACCAUUGUUUCAAGGAAAGUUUGUUUGACUUAAAAACUCUUAAUCACUUUCCAAAACUAUUUUGAAGUGUAAUGGCUUCUGUUUUCUACCAGGAUGGGGGACUUUAAGGCUUCCUUAUGCUUUUCACUUUUAAAAGGAGCAGUGUCAAGUAUUCGGUUCUGAGGAGAUUGGAGUCCUAUAUCUAAAGACGGCGCAAAAAUGGAAAGCCUUUGUAGCAUGAGGACCUGUUGGCAUGUAAAUUAUUAGCAUGUGAUGAUUGCCCACAAUUUGGAGAAUCUUUGCUUCUUGUUGACCAGAAGUCCGCUGGUGCGUAAGCCUUCAUCGUUCUGCCUCCUCCCGGCAGGAGCUGCUAACGUAACCGGAAACUACCCAGGAAUCAAAAGUGCACAUCUGAACCAAAACACCUGGUUUGUCGCUUGCCUAACAAACUGAAAUCUUGUCUCUGAUCUGUGGUUGGUUCCAGGCUUCUGUUCCAGGAAGGCAAAAGUCAAAUGUGUUUUGCAUCAGCUUCUGGUUCCCUGAGCCACUCCCAUUGAUAUGGGAGGUUAUUAUAUGCCCUUCUGCCUUCUUGCCGAAGCACGAGGGGAUGCGAAAGGAUGUGGCUGCACCUGCAACAAGCGUGGUCCAUGGUGGCUUCUACAAAUGGCAGGAAGGUGAAGUAGCAGCAAUGGCUUCCCAUAUUUGCAACAGCAUUUUGAUUACUGAAAGUGGGCAUGGCAUUCCAGAAAAGGGAGGUGGACUUCUGCUCAAGCCACGCUGGGCUUGCGAAAGAUUAGAAGAGACGCACUUGGGCUUUGGUACUAACGAUGCGUGAACAAAUUAUUUUAUAUAGAAUUUUAAAACCUAAGUACUUGACACUGAUGCUUUUAUAUCAAGAAAAACCUCUUUAUUGUUAUAGUUUGGCUAUUUAUUUUGUAAAGUCUGUGGUGCAAAGCACGCUGACUAAUUUUCAGGUGAUAAAGAUAAGUUGUGCCAUAAUUGUUGCUUAUGUAUUCAAAUCCAGUAUCGUGUUUACUUUUCCAGUGACAGAAAUUGUUUUCUGUCAGUCCUUCUGUUCCAUGUUCCUCAAAAUUAAGAAUGGAUCCAAGGAUUUAAUGCAAAGUCCAGUGCAGGCACCCUCAGAAAGCACCAGCCUAUUUAGCCCCUACCCCAAAGAGGACAUCGCAACCCUUUCUAUAUAUUUAACCCUGAUUUCCUCAUUUUAGGAUAACAAUGUGCAGAUGUUCUCUGUAAAAAGUAUUCCAGAGUUGUUAAAAAUGCCAACAGUUUCAGCAAGAGGUGAGAACCAGGAUAAAUUUGUAGUCUAGGAAAAAAAAUAGACUUUUAAUAGUGGCCCCACUCUAAUGGCCUCAAAACUAUCCUGUGACAAGUUUUCUUUGCACCUUUUAACACUGACUCACAGCUCUGGGCAUGUGUUGUAAAUGCAGGCAGUUGCCUUGGUUAUCGAAGUGAGCGGAGUAGUGUUUGGUCGUGAAAGGCUAGCUUCAGCCAUGGCAAGCUUGAGGCUGCUGUUCACCCCAUCUAAGUUCAGGCACAUGGUGCCAAGCCCAGUUACUUUGGCAUCCAAGGCAGAAAACUUCACCUCUUCCUCCUUCAGGGAUUAAAAUGCGACAAUAAUAGAUAAGGAGUGUGCUCUGCUUUCAGGACAUGCAGCAUUAGCUGCCUGGGGUGUAUUUAGUAAAUACUAAAUAGUUACAUACGCAAGGGAGACUUGAAUGCAAAGAGUUCAUUUGCAGAUCAUUGCAAAAGUGUGCAGGCAGGGCCGAUAGGAGAGCUUGAAGGCAGAAGGCUUCUCCUCAGUGCAAGGACUGUAUUUCUCCAUUUUGGGGUUCUUUGGAUUUGUCCGUUGUACUGCUCUCUGCUCAAAAUGGUGCCUCUCUCUCCUUCAGAUGCCAAAUGUCUUCAGGCAAUGAGCAAAAUUUCUACAAUAACUUAGCAGUUCAUCACACAGGGAAAAGAAGCUGCUAUUAUCUCCCUUUUGGCCAUGACAAUUUGCUGAAUUCAACCCCUUGUCCUGCAUUAUAAAAUAUAAAUGCUGGCGAGACGGUUGUUGAUGCUGCUACGGGGAAGCAGAUAAACAGCCACCCAUUAAGUCAGCCAUCUUUUUAUUUUAAAAAUGGGGGUUGAAUAUUUAAAACAUUUUCCCCAUGGUUGCAUGGUGACUUAGUUAAACAGUGCUUCUUUGUUUUUAAAAUGCUCACCCAAAAAUUACUUUUUUCACAUGGCGUGUGUUCACUUGACUGUUGCCAGCAGGUAUCCAAAUAUUUUAUAUUCUUUUUGAUUUUUGACUAGAUAAGAUGCUAAGCCAUUUUAGGAAAACUGCAUUAGAAUCUUAUCAUACAUAUACUAACUUUUUCCUUCUGGAAGUUCUACAAUUACGGUUUUAGCUUCUAUUUUAUCUAGAAAGCAGAUGCCAAUUUGGGUGACGUGUCACUUAAAUGUACAGAUGAAUGAGAGAAUGCAGAAGUAUUUGGACCUGUAACAUGUAUGUUGAAAAUUAUUGCUAGGUUAAACAAGUAGGGUGUAGGUGCUAAAGGUUGGAGAUGAUAAGAGAAAAUCCAUGCAGCUCUUCAUAUUUAUAAUUGCACUGAAGCUCAUCGGUCUUUGUUCUUAUCCGUCUGCAUUGCUAAAAUGUGGUUAAUGGUUCUAGUAACUGUGUGGAGUGUUAGUGUGUGAGGGGGAGUCAGACUGGAUAGAAAACAGGAUCGGGGCAAACCGCGCCAUCAGUUCGGGAUCCACGCCGUUGCGCAAGCGGAGCGGGCGCAGGGCGGGCAGAGCAGGGUUCCUGGGGAAGGGACAAAACCCAGUGAAUCGCCCACAGAGUCAAAGAGUGAUGUUCCACCUGGAAAACAGUUCCGUAAAUGUUUGGCAGUCGAGCCUAAAAGAGGACAUGGCAGAGUUAGAGGAGGUGCACUGGAGAUGGACAAGGGUCUGGAACACCCUCCCGCCCCCCGGCCAGGAACAGUUAGCUGCAGCGCCUGAGAUGGCUCAGAUUAGCAAAAUGGCACCUGAGAGGAGAUGUGGCAAAGGCUGCUGUGGAGAAAUGGAAGAGGGUUAGGGUUAGGGACAGUUUUCUCUCUUUGCCAUAAUGCUAGUGCCUGGGAUGACUGGCUGGACACUCAGAGCAGAUAAAAGGAAGGACACCUUCACACAGCACAUAGUGAAACGAUGGGAUUGGCUUCCACAAGUUGCAGCGAUGGGCACUAAUUUGGAUGGCUUCCCAGCAGAGCUGGGCAAAUCAUGAGGCAAAGCUGCUGGUCCUCACGGCUAAAUGCCACCUCCAUGAUCAGAGCCAAUGUGCCCGUAUUCCUGAGGAACAUGGGCAGGCGGGUGUCCUUCUGGUCCUGUCUUCCUUGUGGGUUUCCCACGGGCAGCUGGGUGGCCGCUGUGUGAGCACACGCCCGGACCAAAGGCCCUCGGUUUAAUCCAGCACGACUCCUGGUGGCACCUGCCCUCUCCUCUCCUCUCCUCUCCUCUCCUCCACGCAGGCCAGGACACGGGGCUUUCCAAGGAAACACCUUUCUCAUGACUGUCCAGCCUGAUACUGGCCUGCAAAUAGAAGGUACUGCCGAAGCCACUAGCAAAAGAAGCAAGCAAAGGCAGAAUGUCGGCCAUUAGGAAAUAGAAACAUAGAAACAGAGCGAGUCAGAAGGGGUCUCCCAGGCCAUCUAGUCUGACCCCCAGCUCCAGCCAGCUCCGCUCAGGACAUGCCCACCAUGUGCACAUCUAGCCUAUCCUUGAACACCUAUCCUUGAACAAUAAAUCAUGGCUUACUGAGGGAAACACGUAGAAGGACAACCAUGGCUUAAGUUCAUCCCAAACGGAAUAUCUCUGUUCCCUGCCUGGUGGAAAAUAGCAAACCUUAGCAAUAGCGAAAUAGCAAUAGUCAAGACAGGACCUCUUGCUUAAGGCCAGUCGCUUGGAGUUUCGGACAACAGGUCAGCCCUCUUAUCCUGACACUGGGCCCUUGCAUGAAUUAUGUUGGUCCACUCCUUCCCUCUGAGAGUGCUCACUCAGCCUUCCCACGGAAUUUGAACUGAAUUUCACGGCUUCUCAGCUUCUGCCUGGCUUAUUCCGGAGCCCACUGCCCUUGGCAUCGCAGCGGUAGCUUUUCCACGUUGCCCGAGUCAGAUUUUUUCCACAACUCUUUAAAGCGCUUUUAGACUGGGGUUUGAAGCUAUAAAUUAAGGGCAGGCAGCCUGUUGCUUUGUAUGGGUUUUGGACUAUAAGUCUUAUCCAAUCCAGCAGGUAUGGCCAACGGUGAGGGAGUGUAGAAUUGCAAUCAGAAGCAGGUGACGCACGCCACCUGGCUUGCCCCUCUGUAAACAAGUUCUUGCUACCACAGACAUUUUAAAGCCUAAACAAAUGAAACUGACAAGCUUGCAGGACACAUUUGCAAAGGUUUUUUGGGUUUGGGUUUGCCUUAAGCAUUUUAAGGGUCAGUAUAGAAUAAAUUUAGCUGAUGUUUCAUUGCCAGGAGAAAUUGCUACAUUAUUAUGGAUGUCAAAUUCAUCUCCUGGACUCCAGGAUCACGAAGAGAUGGAAGUCCGGCUGAGUUAUGCAGAUAGAUUUGGGCUUGAGCCUCAGUGGCUUCUGUUGACUUCCAUGGGACAAUGUCAAAUUGAUGCACUGACCGUGGUGCGGUGAGCCCGACCUCUUCCUUCAAAGAAACUGGGGCAGAAGGGCUAAGGAUAGCUCGUCUCCACCUCACCGCCCAUGAGUCCAUCCCUCCUUUUCUCCCACAGAAGUGAAUGGCUGCCAUUAACUCCUAUGGGAAGAACACCCUUGCCUUGACAAGCCAUGAGAAAGUGCCUCCCCAUCAUGAUUUCUUGACUUUUGCUAAUCGAGCGUCUGGGCUGAUUACGGACACCUAAAAAAUAUGAAAUAGAGCAUGGAAAUUGGUAUUUAUAGUGCAAUGUUUACUUUUUGUAUUACAUUUUUUGCUAGUUUGGGUAAACUUGUAAUUUAAAAAAAAAUGUUUAAACAAAACAAACCUGAGGCUAGUUAGAUUGCACAAGAAAACCUGUAGGUUUCCCUACUCUUAAAGUACCCGUUUCACAAGUCAACUGGAGGAUUCUCACUUGAUUCUGUUGAUCAGUUGCCUUUUGCAUUUUAAGUUGUUGUUUAUUUCAUUUCUAUACUGCCUGAUAGCCAAAGCUCUCUGGACAGUUUACAACAGUCAGUAGGAACAGACAAUAAAAAUACAAUAGAAAUACCAUAAAAGCAGAAAAAUUCUAAAAAAUGAAAACAUCUAAAACAGACAAUAGCAAACACUAAAACAGAACUCUUUUACAAAACUCAGUAUGUUAAAGAUCGUUGCAGUGAACCUAGGAAUCCAUCCCAGCCUGGUCUGAUGCUCUGCAUGGGAUUUUUAUUCAUUAUCUACUGAUUGAAAAGCAGGCAGGGCGAUUGCGAUGGCCGUCCUUGUUUCAGCACAUGAACAGCCUGCUUAGCUGGGUUUUGUACCUGCUGGGAAUCCCCUUUCCAGGUCCUCUGAUGUGGCAUGUGAAUCCCCUGCCGUCCUCUCCUUGUCCUGUGCUGCAGCAGCUGUGAUUGUUAUGAGCUCAUGCAGGAAUGGGCACCUCCUGCUCCAUAUUCCAAGUAGUUUUGCAAAUUUAGAAAUUGUUGCCAAAAUGCAGGUGGUAUCAACCCUACACUUUAACCUUGGCAAGGGUGGGGUACCCAAACAAGGUUUUCCUUAAUUGGUUUUCUCGUGACACCUGCCAAAGGAAAAGCAAGGAAACAAGGAGCUGUUUGUUUAAACAAGGAGCUGUUUGUUUAAACAAGGAGCUGUCAAGGAAAAGCAAAAGAGCAAGCCAUCUUUUCUCACAAGGCGGUGGCAGCUAGAUUACCCUUUCUGGUAAGAUCCUAAUCUUUUCCCUUUUUGCACUGAGUGUCGUUGAGGUCUUGUGCAAUUUGCAAUUUUCCCGAGACGCUAGCUCCAUGGGAAAGUGCAAAAGUGCAUCCUACCUUAUUUCUGGGGGGUGCGAAGAGUUUUGACAGCUAGCUCCGUCUCCCCUUUAAAAUGAGGUUGAGAAGGGGACUGGGGGAGGCGGUUUUGCGGGAAAUAUGCUUGCAGGCAUGCUGCUUUUAAAAUGGCCCAAGUUUCUUUGCAGGUGCAACCUUUAGCUCAGAAGUAAAAAGAAGCCAGGAUUUGUGGAAGACCAAAUGUUCCUGAAGGGGAGGGCGGGGAAGCCCAUAGUUUCACUGGAACUUAUUCCAGCUCGUGCACUUUCUCUUGAACUGGGAUCUAGUGCUGUGUGUGAACCUGCCCCAGACAGAGGCGUCUAUUUUGAGCUCUUCUUGCUGUGCUGUCAAAACAUACCAAGUAGCUGAAUCGGCAUGCAUUGUGUGAAGAGGAGUGAAAUGCAGGAAGGUUGCCUUUCGGUGGCUGUCGGAGAGACAGCACCGUGUGAGACAUAUCAUGUUAACUUGGCAUCCGGUUUUGUUUGGCUUUGUUGAAGAGAAGCACUUGCUUUUCUAAGCAGAACGUUUGGCACGAGUCUGAGAUCACUGCUUUACAUGAAGUGAUCGGUGGCCUGGGACAUGCCCUUGUGCAUAUGUUGUCGUCGUCAUUGUCAUGCGCCAUCAAGUUGUCUCCGACUUCUGGCAAACUUCUGGAUGAAAGCUGUUGAAAAUAUCCUCUCCAUGAGAGCUCCGUUCAGCUGCCCCAAGUCUGAGGCUGUCGCUUCCUUGUCGGGUUCGAUCGAUUUCAUACUGGGCCUUCCCCUUCUUCUUCUUCUUCUGCGUUUGUCUUCUCCAGGGAGUCGUGCUUCUCAUGAUGUGUCUGAAAUGUGACAGCCACAUUUUUGUCAUCCUUGCUUCUUGGAAAAGCUCCGGCUUGAUUUGAUCCAAGACCCCCUUGUGUGUCUUUCUGUCCAUCCAGGAUAUUAGAACAGAAGUACUGAAGAAAAGUCCUGCAGGGUCGGGGCAGAUCGGAGGUCCAUCUAACACCCAGCAGAUGCCCUCCCGCAGGACGGGUGCAAGAGCUCCUCCUGCCCAGCUCCUCGGCAACCGGAGCAGGCAGGCCGGCCGCCUCUGGUCACGCAGGAAGCCCAUGGCCAGCAAGGCUCAGCCACCAAAGGCCGCCUCCCUUGCCAGGUGUCCAGUCCCUCUUCGAAGCCAUCCAGGUUGGCAGCCCUCACUGCUUCCUCUGGUAGUAAAUUCCAGAGGAUAUGUAAGGAUAUAUAGGAUUGAAACCUGAACCUGAUAUGGCAAGAACAGUGAUUUUACAUUUGCUUGUUUAUAUGCAAUGUAUGCUCAUUUGUUCAUUGUUUUCAUUUCUAAAAUUUUCACCAUGCCUUUCUACUGACUACUCAGGACAGUCAUAAUAUAUAACAAAUAUGGCAGCAUAUCCAAAGAUUAAUAAGACAGCAGGGACAGUCUGACCCUUUCUAAAGAGCUCUGGAAAGAGUACACAUCACAGCGAAUGCUUACAUUUUGCAUAUACUCUGGUUCUGCAAAUGCCUGAUGCGCACAGUUAACUUUGAAUAGGAUCCUGAGUGCAUCUAAAUAUUAGAGAACGGAGGUGAAGCCUUUAUCUCAUGAGCACUGGCAUGACAGUGAUGGAAAAUGGGAUUCGUGCCCGCCUGCCCGCCCGCCCACGUGGGCACUGAGUACCCUGUCCCCGUUCCUUUUUCUGACCCUCGUAGAGAAGGGGAUGCGAAGACAGGCCUGGCUUCAGCUAUGGCCAGCUCUAGCGAGACACUCAUGCUUUAGGGCCAGGACUGCAGAUCAGUGACUUUCGGCUGAUCUUUCAUGGCAGAAAGGAGCGCCACCAGGUGGGAUCCACUGCAGCAGCCCCGUUGCAGAGAUGGGGCAGGGGGCAGCUGGCCUUGGCUGCACGGGAGCUGUCCCAUCCUCAUGCAUCAAGCCCCCUCCCAUUCUUGUCAAGGGGAGGGGGAAAUGUCAAUGCAGAGUGUUCCCUGCCUCCUGGUUGCUUUCUCCCCGGCCAGCAGGACCUGGGAGGACAUGGGCAGCAGUGAACGGUCCGUUGUCGGUCUCGUCCCAAGGCCUGCCGGGGACUGAUGUGCCCAGAUGUUCACAGGGCAGGCUUAAGCAGGAAUCGGCACCCCCACCUAUGGAUUUUGGUAAAUACAGGUACAUUUUGCAUGCAGGAUUGGAAUGCGGUUGUUUCAAAUGUAAACCCGUUCUCUGUGCAAUUAGACACGGAGCAAUUAAUCAUUAGGAAUAUGAGUGAAAUUUUCCUCUUCCACCACAAGGGGGGCUGUCUUUUGCUCCGGGGGGCAGGGGCAAGAGGAGCCUGAGAAGAAACUUCCAGGUGGAUUGCGGCCCUCUGUCUGUGGGACUGCUUUGGUCUGUUUGCUGCAGGUUCCUCAUGCCAGGUCUGAAUCUUUAUACAUUUCUAGAGCAUGCAGUCAAGAGCGCUUUUGACUAUUGCUACCUAAAAUGUCACAUAGGUUUUGAUUCUGCUGCUUACUGUGUUUUCUAGAGUAGUUUUUCUCAGGAAACUGACAGAGAGCUGCUUUUCCCAAUAUGAAAUUGCUAUCGGGUUGUUUUGUAACCUGCGGAGUCUGACACUGUUCUGUGCUUCACACAUUCCACCAUAUAACAUAGGAAAGGGGAACCCCGACACAUCCUACCAAGUGUUCUGUGAAAAAUGUGUCAUAUCAUCAAGUGGAGUAAAACUAUUUCUUGUUAUGGUCUCCAAAAACAUUUCUCUAUUUACUCGUUUCCCUGCACUGAAAAAAACAUUUUUACUCAGCUGAGUUCCAAGAAGCACUUUAAGAGGUAUCUUUAAAUGCCCAUAUACUUAAGACAUGUACUAGAAAUUUACCAAAUAUUCUGCAAACAAUUUUCAGGAAUGCAUAUAAUAAGGGCAUGGUCCAACCAAAGCAAGCUAUACUUCUCUCGCGGACUUCAACGUGAAAAGUCUUUUGCAGUGAUAUUAAGGGUUCUCAGUAGAUCAUGCCCGGCAUAUUUAAAUACAUGUGGGAAGAUCAUAGUACUGUGAGCUAUUGCAAAAUGUUCCUGAUUAGCUACUUCCAAUUUUAAUUCGAAACUAUUCAGGAAAUGAUGUGCCAGAAAAUACUUCUUCCUUAGCAAACAUGGAAUGGCUGUGGAUGGCUAGACGAGGAGUGAGUCUUCCUAGUUGACUUUUGCCUAGUUAAAACUGAUUUUCCUUCAACUGCUUGAGCUCCUAAGUGUAUCUAAUGAGCAUUCAGCAAUCACUUGUUAGUUGAUGGCAUGUGUGUAACAUUUAUUCUAGAUUUUUGUGAACCUAUCUGAGUAUUUGUGGUGUUGUCACAAAUGCACAACACUGGACUGAUGAGAGGUUAGCUUCAAUUGUGGGGAAAAAACCAUUUCCGGCUCAGCAUAUGAUAACAUUAUUGCUACCUAAAUCCUUUUAGGGCACGUGCAUGGUGGAAGUUUAAUCAGCAUAAACCAAUAUAGGAUAGGUUGUGCGUUAAAUGCGCCUUCAACAUUUGUUGCUCAUGGAUAAGGUUAGCAUCUCACUCCCAUAUGAAGUUAGAAGCAGAGAACUGCUGAAGUAACUGCUGUUAAUAAAUUGCUCAUGUGCAGAAAUACUAACAGUAGGAAGCCAGUUCUGCUUUGGGGUGGCCAUUAUGCAACGUACUGUAGAGUCACAGGGACAGAGAAUCUGUUGGGCAUGCCACAAGCUGGAAACAAGUGUGUUUGUUCAGUUCUUUUGGAAGUGCCAACUCCUGUUGCACAAGUGAUGGGCCACAUAAACGUCAGUGGGGAUAGAUUUGGCCCAUUGCACACAGCUCUCUCAUCUGCAUUUCCCGUUCCUUUCAGUCAAACAAAACAAACGCCCUCUCACAAGAACUCCUCACUGAUCUCAGGGACUUGACAAUCCACAGUCCUAUGCAACUGCCCAUAAUUAUCAGAGAGUGAUGUUGUUCUACUUCGGCCUGGUGUAUCAUCAGGAAACUCCCGUGGGGCUUGGUUGGAAGAAAUUCUACAAAUGUUGAUGCUUCUUUUCUCCUGCAUUUUAAUCCUUCUGUCAUCCUGAUGUUGGUGGGUCUAAGACUGAUUAGCAAGAGACUGUCAAGCAGAUGCAUCCUUUUUCAUUUAAAAUUUGUCCAAGGGGUUUUAUUACUGUGAAUAUACUGAUCUGUAUUUUUUAAAAUACCAUUAGGUCAAUCAGAAAGUACGUAUGUGAAGACAAUUCAAGCCGAAUUAGAGAAAUAUUUUUUUCAUUCAUUAGAACAUUUCUAUAGUGUCCAUUAUCUUGUUAGAUCUUCAGGGUGAGGUAGCAAAAGAGAAAAGCACUGGUAAAAGCAGCGGAUAAAAGCCCAAUUUGGCCAAAUUAAAAUGCACGUGUAAAUGUUUAAAAAGUGGUUUUGCCUGACUGGAUCUCCCUUUUAGAGAGAGCAUUCCCUGUAACUCACGGGACAUGCAUCUCUCCCCAGGCUGCAUGGUUGUAAACAUAUCUGUGUUUUCCUAUUUGGAGAAUGGGGCAUCGGGUUUGUCGUCCUUUCUGUAUAAGAGAGAGUCAGAUCAAGAAGUAUAAUUUGGAAUCAAUGGGACUUGGGCAUGUCUGGAUGGUGAGCGCCAUGUAUGCGAUUAGGAGAUUUCCUACGUUAAACCGCACUUGCUGCAAAGACUGGUUUAAUUUCUUCCACGUUUAUUGAUACUGAUAAAUGCAUUGCACGUCAGCUCUGUACCUAAGGGACGCCGCCAAUGAAGCAUUCAGUGGGAGAUCCAUAUGGCAUUUCCCAUGAUCAGCAGUUCCCAAAGCUUCUGUGCCAGACCAGACCCUCUUCAGGUUAGAAAGGAGCUCAGCACUGGAUCACCAUGCAUGUAUCAUAAAAAGAACAUCUUUAAACGCCUAUCAAACUUGCCCAAGGAAUCUGUUGAGCAGAAAAUGUUGUAAGAUUGGGUUUUAUCUACUUUUAGUUGUUUCUAAGGACCGUGAGUUUUGUUUGUUUACAUACUGUUUACAAUGGCACAGGUUUAUUUUUAAUAUAUACCUUUGAGAUAUUUAUUGCAUAUACUAUUUUGAAAGAUGUUUUAUGUGUUUUGCACCUUUGGGAUAUAUUGUUACAUUUCUGUGUACAGAAUAUUUGGGUGGUUCUGUUAAUAGUAAUUUUAUGACUCCUUAAGUGACCAGUUUUCUGUGCCUUUUUAUUACUGGAUACAUGGUUACCUAUUUAUUAUUGUAUGGAAGUCAUGAAGAUGUGUAUUUUUGUAUGCUGUUAGAAGCAAUGGUUGAUUUUCUUGUACAUUUAUGAGAGAUGUCUCCCUUAAAGGGUACUCACUUGAUCUUCCUUCUGAAAUAAACAGAUACAUACUAUCUUA